GAAAGCUAUGUCGUAUGUCAAAGAACGUGACAUUGACGCGCAGGAAAACCUAAAUGCAUGGAAAGACUUUGAACAGAAAUGGAAAAGCUAUGUAAAAUUAAGAGAAAUUGAGACCGGAGAAAAAGAUCCUAAAUUUCCUGACCAAUAUGGUAUCAAAAUGAGGGAAGAAUUCUACGAGUCUAUUUCCGAAAGCAAACAACCAGGCGGCAACGGUUGCGAUGCGACAAUAAUAGCAUAUGACGUGUUCCUCAGUUUCGAUGGAUCUUGGGAGGACCUGUGUAUUAGAUCAAUAUGCCAUGGGGGUUUGAGUAACGUCACGUGUUCGAUCACAGCAUGCUGGUACGGAGCUAUGUUUGGAUAUGACGGGGUCAAAGACUGCAAUUAUAAAAGAGUAGAAUUCUGGAGACACUUUAAAGCAGUAGGACACCAUUUGUACAACCACUCUUAUCAUGAAAUUGGGGAAAUUCCAUCACUUACAAUUCGGCAGCCAGAAAUCACAGAAAGUCAUGUUGAAAAAUUGUCGGAGGAUAAUACAAAAUGCAUUUACGUACGAGAAGGUUUUAGCAUCAAUAGAUUGAUAGAAAGUCAAGUUGUUGAAAUUCGAAAAGAAGUUACAACAGAUGAGGCUAUCAGAAUUGGUGAUGCGAUUUACAUUCACCUCCGACAUUUCAUGGACAAGCUUGGAAAUACAUAUCCCAAUUGGAGUAUCUCAGAACUGUUAAAAGUUGGCAGUUUCCACGAAGGGACAAAAAUCUACUUUCCAGAUGAGUUUGAUUUCAUAGCAGUUCUUUCUGCACUUUCAGAGCCAGACGCUCUCACCGUAGACAUCGACUCUCAAGACGAAGGAAAGGUGGAACUUUGUUUCAAUGAAACAAAUCUUGGAUUUCUGUAUAUAGAAGAAGACUGGGAUCGAACUCACCGGCAAGAGAAUCAAGCAAUUCAAAUGAUGGAAAAGUUUUGCAAAAAGUUUUACAACACAGUGAUGAGUGACAGAAAACCACUUAAACUUGCGUCUGUUUACGAUCAUUUUGACUAUGCUGAACCGAUGUCUCUACCCCCAGUUAAUGGAAUAGAGCUUUUAGUAAGACUUAGUGAGGCACGACUUCCAAAUAUGGUUUUGGAGUUCUUCUACAAGGAUCGGAGAAUUUCUGUUGAUAUAACAUUAGCUGUGAGAUAUAGAAAUAUCGAGGAAUGCUUCAGUCCUGAAAACGCAACCGUGCCUGAAAUAGGUAGGGCAGUUGUCGAAAGAGGCUCGCUUCUCCUGGUGGCUUACAUGGGUGGAUUCAGAAUCACCCUUACUGAGACAGAAGUGGAAUAUAUCCGCGAAAGACUGAAUUCCAAUCACAAAAUCCUUUAUCUCUAUUUGAAAUACUUCAACUACAAGUACGGUGAACACGAAUUCUUAAAGGUGUCUGGAUAUCUACCGUUUUCGUCUUAUAUGCUGAAAACAAUUGUUAUCCACCACGACAAAAACUGUAAGGAUAGCACGCCUGAACAUGAAACCUGUCUCCGGGAUGUUGUCGAAAUAAUGCAGAAAAGUAUCGACGAAGGAUAUCUUUACGAAGCCGAAACUUUAAACGGCACGGUUAUCGGAUACCUUCCAAGCGUAUUCGACAAGUUCAAGAAUCUGUACAAAGAGCCUUAUAAAUCUGUGAAGUGUCUGAAAGGCCUACGAAACAGAAUGGUCAAUGAUUUGAAAGCAAUUCACUUCUCCGGACGAACAUGGUCAUGCCUUGAUACAAUGUUACAAGCGAUAGAUGAUACAGUCGGGGCAUCAGCUGAAGCGGUGUGCCAGACUGACUGGUGGCCGAAUAGGAAACAAGGGUUAAUGCUAAAACUGAAAUAAAGACAUGAUGAUAAAUCACAUUCGUUCAAAACAUCAAAAAUAGAACCAUAUUUUGCACGUGUAUUUGGUAAAGAGCAAUAAAAAACCGUCAAAUGCAUUCACAUAGAUGUCAUUGUAUUUAGAAUAGUUUGAUAUUCGUCAUUGUACAUAAUGACGAUAAUUUUGAAAGUAUAUACAAUAAUAUACCGUAAUAUAGAAAUUAGAAGCUUGUAUACAAGGGUUUCUUUCGAAUAUUUCAUUCUAUAAAGGUACGUGUAAAUACACCCAAAAUAAUUUGUUUUAUGUUAGUUGAAACGUUUACCCUUAACAAAUGACAUUUCAUAGGAGAAGGUACAGUAACGACAUAUUGAAAUCUAGAGACAGUACACUAUUAUGAAUUGAUAAAAAAUCAGGAUAAUCUAACACUGUAUGUUGAUAUUGAAUAGGUACAUUGUGAUUCUCUUUUUCACAACUCAGUUAUGUCUACCCUUGAUGUGUAUCAGUAUUUAAUAUACUGCACUAGCCAAUAGUUUGUAACAGAACUAGAUACAUCCAAUACCGUUUCUAUUUGUGGUCUAAAUGUAGACUAUUUGACAUUGUUUAUAAUGCUUGCUAUUUGUGUGUAUUAUUUCUAUAUCCAAACUAUGAAAAGUUAUUAUUUAUGAAACAGUAAAACCGCACUAUUUUGAGUAUGUGAAUAUAUGCGUACAUGAUCACGCAUAGCUUAUGUCAUCACUUUUUAUCUACUUAUGAUUUGAAUAUAUCAUUUUUAUAAAUGAUGGCCAUGACCCUAGAGUGGUACUUGAUAAGUAAAAAAGACUGGUUUGAACCAACUUUCGAACGACCAUAGCUAUUAAGUAACAUACAGCCGAAAACGUUAACAUUUUUUUUUGCUUUAAAACUGAAAACAUUAAGUCACGUUAAGGUAGUUCUGCACGUUUGGAUCGAAAUUUUUUCUACAAUGUAGAAUUUGAUUAAACUCUGAUUUUUCAAAACUUCAGAAUGUACCUAGAAAAUUCAGCAAAUAAAAAAGAUAGGGUCGUGCGCUUGAUUUUUUGCUAGACUGCUUCGAAAAAUUUGGACCUCAUGCAAUAUUUCUUAAUGGGAGUCUAUGGGAAAACCAUAACUUUCAUAACAUUUUCGCGAAUAGAAUUUUUUCUACAAUGUAGAUUUUGAUGAAUCUUCCCAGGAUUGUUAAUACACAUAUGGACUAUAAUUUGAUGAAAUAAAAUGUAUAGGUCCGUGUGCCUAUUUUUGAGAUAUUUGACCAUGAAUAAAGUGAACCGGACAUUUCACGCUAAUUUUAACACAUUAUUUUGAAUUUUUUUAACGUCCCGUAUGUUUUACUAUCAUUUUUUGACUUUAGAAAUAUAGCAACAGUGCCAUUGUAAUAAAUUUACUCAUAGGUUUCAAUUAAUUCAUAAACUGAUUUUCAUUCCCGUAGGCCGAAUCCAGGCUUUAUUCUACGUUUUCCGGAUAAAUAACGUUACGCCAUCACUUCCGGUUUUUCAAACGUGCAGAACUACCUUAAAAUGUACAGGUAAUUUGAGAGAAACGCGUUUUAUUCAUUCCAUUGAGAAAAAAUCCUUGUAAAAAUUUAUACUCGUCUACACAAAAGCCACAAAGCCACUGAUUGCCAGAAGCCAAACUAUGGUCAACAUAACUCUAAUUUCCGGUGUUAAAACACAUGGUAAUUGAACUAAUUUGUACAUUAAUAAUGACUGGUUGCCUUUCUUGAUUAAAAUCUAAAGUAGUUGAACAUAAAUCAAGCACAAAUUUAACAGGUCAUAGGAUGUAUACAAAGUGAACAUAGAGUAAAAGCAUGUUGCUACCUUACAGAAAGCGCGUAAAAUAUUUGUUCUUUGAGUUUCAACUACCUUUGUAUUAAAUUUUAAUCAGAAGGAUGCGUUAUAUUAUUUUACUUACCAAAAUAGCCACUAAAUGUAAUAUGUUUGCUAGACUUUGUAAAAUUCGGCUGACACCAAAUCCCUCAAAGCGAGGCUAAUAUUUUGGGACUUAGCCAAAACAAUACGUUGGUAAAUGACCUGCACAUCUUUACACUGCCUACCAUCUACAAUGUUAAACAGAUUAGGAAUUAUUAAAAAAAACUAAAUUGUGUUCGAGAGUUGCAGUUCGAGAGUUGGUGUUAGCAUGUUAGGGAUGUUGGUCACGUGAAGAGAUGAUUUUUGACGAUCCUUUCUAACGGGGUUUUGAGCAAAGUCCUACGGAUUUCAAGUUUGCUGCCACUGAAAAUGAUAAGGGUUUGACAAUUCAUAAAACUGAUACGUGUGUAUAAUAUUUCACUAUAUUCAAUAGUAUAUUACUAUAUUGCCUAAGAUAAAUGACUAUUAUCGGCCGGAUUAGGUAAAAGCAAAAUAAAUCUUUCGCCAUUUUUGUCUUAAAUAUCACAGGUUUAAUGACGAGAUAUGUUCCUUUGUUACGGAUUUCUGAUUACAGUGUGACAGACUUAUGACAACACUUUUUGAAGUAAAAAUAUGUGUAAUUUUGACAUCAAUCUGUUGUACAUGAGACAGAUAUUUUAAGUUUUCGUUACCAGCAUGUCGUUCACUUCUUUCAGUUCACGUUAGUGACAGUUCAUACCCGAGUCAAUAUUUUUACUGAAUAUUUUUGUUAGUUAUUUACCGUUAUUAGAUUUAUUUGUGUCAUUAGAAGUUAAUCAAAUUAAUAAACUACA